AUGGUCCUUGAACUCGAGGAAGGAUGGUCCUCCAUGAAGGAAGAUAUUACCAUGCUGAUAAGGAAUAUAGAAGAAGAGCGUAAACCACUUAACCCUACGCAAUAUUUUAACAUUUACAGUACUAUCUACAAUAUGUGUACCCAGAAAAAUGGUAAUUACUCACAGCAGCUUUACCAAAAGUAUCGCGAAGUAAUUGAAGAUUAUAUUAUCCAAACUGUGUUACCAUCCUUAAGGGAGAAGCAUGGUGAAGAUAUGCUAAGAGAGCUUGUUAAGAGGUGGAAGAACCAUGAAAUUCUUGUCAAAUUGUUAAGCAAUGUCUUCCAAUAUAUCGACAAAUUCUAUAUUUAUCGGGCAGGCGAGCCAAGACUGAGAAAAGUUGGCUUGACAUGUUUUCGCGACCUGGUUUAUCGUGAGAUGCACUCCACUGCCAAAGAAGCUUUAUUAGCACUUAUUCAUAGAGAACGGGAGGGCGAACAGAUUGAUAGGGAACUAGUGAAAAGCGUAUUAGAUAUCUACGUUGAGAAUGGGAUGGGAACUUUAGAGAAAUAUCAAGAGGAUUUCGAAAACUUCUUGCUUCAAGAUACUGUUUCUUACUAUUCUUGCAAAGUGUCAAGGUGGAUCGAGGAGGAGUCUUGUCCUGAUUACAUGCUAAAGUGUGAGGAGUGUCAAAGAGAGGAGAAGGAGAGAGUCACUCACUACCUCCAUUCAAGCACCGAACUCAAACUAGUGGAGGCAAUUAAAGAGGCAUUUGAUGAAAUCUUAAAGAAGGAUGGAGGAAGCGAGCAGCUUAAGUGA